AUGCUUGUUGCGUGGAUGAGUGAGAAUGACACCGCUGAUUGGACUAUUGGUGUUAAAUUUGUUCUGCUUCGCAAGAACUCAAGUUUCAAUGCGGGAAUAAAACAGUCACCUUAUGCAACCUUAUUUGGCAUCGAAGCCAGGAUUGGUUUGACUUCCUCGUCGUUACCGCAUGAUGUUAUCCAGAAGCUACAGACGGAAGAUGACUUACUAGCCAUUCUGUCCAGCAGCUCAACUCAACCAGACACUCAACCUCUACCAGAAACGACUCAACCUCUACCAGAAACAACUCAACCUCUACCAGAAACGACUCAAGCUCUAACAGAAACAAUUCAACCUCUACCAGAAACGACUCAACCAACGAGCAGCAUAGACAAGAAAAGAAAGCUUGCAAUAGCCGCACAACAGAAACAAGCCGAGCGUGUUGUUAAGCGAAGUCGUGUGAUUAUGAAGGAUGGUACCGUUGGUGAUAACGUAGCUGUGCCCAUUCCGUCUGUUGACAGGGGACGUGGUAAUCCCAGAAAUAUUCUAGGUGUUAUAUUAGCUGUAGAAAACGGGCAAUAUACCAUUGGUUGCCCUUCUGGUAUUCUGAAAGGGAAAUAUAGUCGACACCAGUUUGAUUUAUGUCCUCAGAGACUCCUGAGUGAAUCUGACAUUAACAGUGAUAGCAGUGUGUCGCUUCGUCAAGCCAACAAAAAGGAGUCUCAACACGGUGGUUAG